AUGCGGAUAAAUCGAUGGAUCUGGUGGACCACUGUCAUACUUUUAUACCUCAGGACGGAGCUGUUACAAGCCGCAGAUUUUUUCAGAUCAAGUGCAGAAAAUGAAAAAACAAAGGAUAAUAUCGAUAAUUGGAACUCGACUAAAAUUGAACCGAAACCCCCAAAAACUGCCAAAGAAUUAGGUAAUUUGAAAAUUCUAGAAAGUGUCCAUGUAUGUGAAUCGAACCAAGAUUGCGUCAAUGGCGGAGUCUGUCAUCGUGGGAAGGAUGGUCACGUUUCCCAUAUCCUAAUCCCAUUUCCCCGCUAUAACCCCAUGCUUCCAGUUGUGCCCCCGCGGUGUGGAAAUCGUCGAUCUACUGCCCCCUGUCUUGUGAUGGAUAAAGACUAUCGGUCAAAGUACGACUUGAGAGAUCCAACAUGUUACAUGAACGGAUGUGUGUGCCCUCCACAGUUCGAUACGGUCUACGUCACCGCCGAUCAGAAACCACUCCGACUGAAUUCGACUCUUCUGCCAACCAAAUGUGAUAAAAGAGAUCUCGCAGUUGUUGGACGUGUCCAUCCUUCACUAUCAGUGUUCAAAGGAAUCGAUGUCACCAUGUUUUGCUGUGUAAACCUGGAUCCAGAAGGGUUCAUCGAUGUUGCAAAUGUGUUUUUCAUUCAAAACGGAACUCUCAUGAGAGAACCAACAUCUCAUCCCUUCUCUCCGUCUACACGAGGAGGAAUUGCUCGAAGAGUACACGAAAAACAGUCCUGUUGGGAGCUCGAAAUCAAAAAUGUUCAAACAUCGGAUUCUGGAACUUAUAUGUGUCGAGUGACUGCAAGUGCACCGGAUUUAGAUGUCACAGAUACUAUGCAAUUUGAAGUUAAAGAACAUCCUCGUCGUACUCAUUCCUACUGGUACAAACGCCCGAAAAAAGUAAUGUCACCGUCAUCAGCAUUGAAAAAUUCUGAUGAUGAUGUCGUUCCAUCGGGUUAUCUUCCACCUCGUCAAAUAUCGAAACUUAAUGUAACUGCAUCAGAACGAGAUGCAAUCGUAACAUGGGAAUCAGAAGGAGAAGAAAUGGCAAUUGAUUUGAGGCUUGUUCGUCGUUCUGAUACUCGCGGUGCUGUGGUAUACAGAGGAGACAACGUAACAUCGCCAGUUGUGGUCAAAGAUCUGCGAGCUGCCACUCCCUACACUCUCUUCGCGUCAGGAAAAGAUGGAUCAGUUCCUUUUGAGUUAACUCAUCAUUUUACCACCGGCCAGAAACGUCCAUUCCCUCCCAAAGAAGAAGAUGUACGUAUUCUGAAUUCUGGAUCUUCGUUGAGCUGUGAAGUUGAAUGGAAAACUCCUGCCGAGACAAAUGGUCGUAUCACCAAAUAUUUUGUUUCCGUUCGUGGAGCGAUGAGAAAAUCUGAUGGAACGCUUACUCCGGAUGAUUUUCCAUCUGCAGAAGAAGUGGAUAAACGAUGUGCGAAUUGGGAUGAGGAUGAGUCCAAAUCGGCACAAAACGGAAUCAAUCCAAUCGACUUUUCCAACGACUUCUAUUCUUGCAAGUUUGGACCUUUGAAACCGAAUCGUAACUAUUCGGUUUCCGUGUGGGCUGAAAAUUCAGCUGGACGAUCUCUUCCAGCCGUUUUCAAAAAGAAUUGUGUCACCAACUUUGCUCAACCAGAUUUGGUAGAAACUCCACAAACUCUUCGCACCGCCAACAUGACGACAUUCAAUCUGGCAUUCUCUCAUCCGCCUGACGAUAUGAAUGGUCCUAUAAGUUGUUAUUACAUUGCGAUUGUUCCGUUGCCAACCAAUGUUUCAUUGGAUCUUCUACCAGAAACUAACGAGAUUGUGAUGGAUUCAUUUACAAAAGUCUACGCCAACAAUCUCCAUUCAUCAGCAGCUGAAAAGAAACGAUUCUUUGCCUACGUGGCAGAAUCCUAUACCGAGCUACCAAUGGAAACUGUAAUAGGAGACGGCCUAGGAGUCAGUGGAUUGAAGGCGUGCAACGUCCGCUAUCUCAGUCGCUACACAGCAGAAGAUCUUGCAUUGAGGAAUGGGUUGAAAUACACUGGAUUUUUGAUUGUUCGAGUCGAUAAAGAAGAAGAAGUAAACAGAAAAGGAGGUCCUUCUGGUACUAAUGGAUCGAGUAUUUAUAGAAAUUUAAUAGACAAAAGUUCUCCAACAACCGAACGUUCUCGUACUUCUUCAUCUGCUACUCGACACCUUCGUCAACUUCAUCUAAGCGGUCCAGCUUACGGAUAUUCGGGUUACUUCAAACCGAUUCUACUAGAUUCGAAUUCUUCCAGUGGCGGAUAUGGAGUGUUUGUGAAAAUCGUUCUACCGAUUCUCAUUUUCUUGGUUUGUGCCACCUGCUUGUCAUUGUUCAUGAUCAAUCGAAAAAAUCAAUUUUUAUCGGACUGGUGCCCACCAUUCAUUUCAAAAAUGGCAUCGAAAGAUGUAGUAGAAAGAACUCUUCUAAAGCAAACGUUUGGAGCGAUCCCAGUUGAAGACCUUCCAACAGAAUAUGUUACUCGUCAUAGGGACUCGGACUUCCUGUUCGUUCAAGAGUAUGAAGCUCUUCCACAUUUCCCAAUGAAUACAGUAGCCAGCAACCGGAAGGAAAACGCUAUUAAGAACAGAUACAACGACAUUCGAGCAUUCGAUGAGACACGUGUCAAGCUGGAACAAAUCAGAGGAGAUGAACACUCGGACUACAUAAAUGCGAAUUUCAUCAAAAGUUGGAAAGAGAAAAAGUUGUUCAUUGCUGCACAAGCACCUGUCGAGGCUACUAUUGAUGACUUUUGGAGAAUGAUUUGGGAGCAGAAAUCAGAAUUGAUAGUGAUGGUUGCAAAUCUGACGGAGAAGAAUAGGCAGCAAUGUGCAAAAUACUGGCCAGAUGAAGAGAUAUCUAGGUAUGGCGAUAUAAUUGUAGAACCAACCAGUGUUUCCUUCCAUUCUGAUUACGUUGUCCGAAAGUUUGACAUUGCUCAUAUAGCAGAGUGUGGACCGGAUGUGAUUCUGAAUGAAAAUGGAGUUGAGUACGCGAAUGUUCCAAUCGUCAAGGGACAAUUUGCAGAGAAUGCUCGUCACAUUCUCCAAUAUCAUUUCACAAAUUGGAACGACUACAAGGCUCCAGAGUGCUCCACUGGAUUACUUCGAUUCAUGUAUAUUCUAAGAGAAUUGCCAGAGUUCAACAACUCGCCAGUCGUCAUACAUUGCAGUGCUGGAGUAGGUCGUACAGGAACGUUCAUCACAAUCGAUUCAAUGUUCGACCAAUGUCUGGCAGAAAGAAAAGCGAAUGUAUUCGAAUUCGUGUGUAAUCUCCGUCGUCAGAGAAAUCUAAUGGUUCAGUCCGUUGAGCAAUACGUAUUCAUUUACAAAGCAUUGGCUGAAUGGCACAUGUACGGAUACACUGACAUGGAUGUUGCUGAUUUUGAAGAACAUUAUCAAAGAUUACUGUGUGAAAGUACGGCCGCCUCCUCAUCACGAGAUCGGGCGGUGAGUUUCAAUCAAUCGUCAUCAGGAAAUGGAUCAAUCUCUACAAGAGUUGCUAUUGUUUCCUCACGGGAAUCGAUUCUCACUUCCAAUAGUGAAACUGGAUUGGAAGAAGAAUUCAAGAAACUCGAAAGAAAUCUAGCCACUGGACUCCCAACAUCUUUUGCUUCGAAGGAGGAGAAUCUUUUAAAGAAUCGAUAUGAAGCAGCAGUGCCUUAUGAUAAGUACAGAGUUAUACUUCCACCAACCAUCGGACACGCUGAUUCAUCCUACAUAAACGCCUCUCAUAUCAAGGGAUAUUUCUACGAUUACAUCGCUGCUCAAGAUCCUGUUGGUACCUCAUCUUCUACCGUUUUCGAUUUCUGGAGAAUGAUAGCUGAUCAGAAGGUGACAACAGUGGUGAUGUUAAGCGAUGAAAACGAUUGGAGUGACUCAGAAAAGUACUGGCCGAUCGAAGGACCUGGUACCGAUUGUCACUUCCAAGAAGGCCGAAAUGCAAUCGACGUUUCAUGUGUUUCUCUGGAACAACACCAAGACUUUGUCGUUCGACAUUUGACAUACACCAUGAAGAAUGCAGAUUCGACAUCUCCGAAUCAAGACCUGACGCAGUACUCGUACACAGCAUGGCCCACGGAAGCACUUGUCCCCAGAUCACCUAACAGUCUGAUGAAUCUGAUCAGUUUGGUGUUACAGAGACAGAGUAAUCUUCUUGAGUCUCGAGCGCCUAUUGUUGUUCAUUGCAGAAAUGGUUCAUCGGAGACCGGAAUCUUCAUCUGUAUAUCUCUAUUGAUGCUUCGACAGAAAGCUGAGCAACGGAUAGACAUCUUCCAAACCGUUAAAGGCCUUCAAUCACAUAGACCGAUGAUGUUCACCCGUUUCGAGCAGUAUUCUUUCUGCUACCGGGCUCUUGCUGAUUACAUCUCCCAGACACUACUUCUGCGGUAG